GAAUAACUUUCACGCUGUUCAUCCAGGCUGCACCCAAAACCUCAUGUGGAAGUGAUUAAACCACUGUCAGCAAAGAGAAAGACAAAGAGAAAGAACUACACUGCCAGUCUAGUCUUCGAGGAUCAUUCUGGGUCUCCGGCAAAGGUUGAAAGACUCAAUGGAGCAAACAGAGAGCGUCAAGUGUGUGGUGGCUGGAGAUAAAGCUGUGGGAAAGACCGAACUUCUGAAUAACACCAAUGAAAAGAUCACAGUGGGCUCCAAAUCUAUCAAGCUUGUGCUGCGGGAAACAAUCGGUCAGAACCAGGAUGACCGAUCACGUCCCGUAGCCUACGGUGGGACCAAUGUCUUCAUCCUCUGCUUCUCCAUCUCCAACCGGAGAUCUUUUGACAACAUCAAGGUUAUGUGGUACCCUGAGGUAUCACAACACUCCCCUGAAGUGCCCUUCCUGCUGGUGGGCACCAAAAAGGACCUCAGACGAGAUCUGAAAAAACAGAACCUGACUCCUGUCACCAAGAAGCAGGGGAAGGCUCUUGCUAAAGAAAUCAAGGCUGUUAAGUACCUUGAGUGCUCAACUGUUGAAGGUGGUGAAGGGGUGAAGGAAGUAUUUGAGGAGGCUGUCCGUGCCUACCUGAACUCAUCAAAAUCAUCCAAAUCAUUCUGUGCACUUCUAUAAAGAAUUGUGGGUAAAACUGUGCCAUGAACAAGUCAUUGUUGUCAAUGCAGAUUUUGUUUAGCGUUAUGUUACCAUUACCAGUGAUUGUCAUGACAGAUCCCAUAAUGUUUGGUAUCAUGAUGGCUAACUGUGAUGCAGUUAUGACAUCAAACAUCACAACAUCUGUCAUGAUAUUUACCAACAAUGGUUAAAAGAUACUGUUCCAUUACUGAACAAAGACUCCCGUCAUAACUCUUGAUGGCAUCUGCCAUGGCAGGUUAAAGGCAUGACUUUGUCAGUACAAUUUAGAAGCAGUCAAGCAAAUUGUUAUUGAAUUGUGUUUAAUUGACAUAUCUGUGCUCUACUUACAGACAAAUUCUUAUGUAACAACAAAAGUUUUACAAAUGUUGACAAAAAUCUCAAUUUAACUUAAUAAGAAAUGAGCAAACAACUUUUGAUGAACUUGAAGUGUAAUAUUAUAUUAAACUACACAUUUUGUAUGUGUAUGUCACAGAUCAAAUGUUUUUUUUUUUUUUGUCAUGCAAUCCAGCUAAUUUUUACAUGAUGGUAGAUUUGUUGUUUCCAGCCUGCCUAGUUUUUAUUAGCUACAACAACACAGUCCUUCUCUGUAGCACAGCAUUUUAAGCAGGAGGCUUGUCUAAUUUAGCAAGAGUUACUUUAAAUGAAUGCAUUUGUACAGUGCAAUAAAUUAUAUCUUGGUCAGUGAAAACAUCAAUAUAAUGCAGAAAAUUUUGUCUGUUUUCCAGACAUAAUGUCAAUAAUUUUGCUUGUUUCAAGACAUAAUGCAAAUAAUGUGGACUUAUUUCAAGACUCACAUUUACCAGGCUGCCAAUAUUUGUGGAGGGCACUAUACAAAUAGUAAUGGGUUAGUAAUGGAUUAAAUCUUCAUUCAUAAACUUCAGUGUGUGAAGUCAUUAUGCAUUAUAUGUGUGAUCCUUUAUGCUUAUGGCCAUUGUACACAACCAUGUAAACUCGAGGUAGUGCUAUUUUAUGUCUUUUUAUUGUUUACCCUAAUAUUGAUCAUAUGUAGACCAUAAACUGCUUAAGACAUAGACAUUUUUGUGUAUUUAAAGCUUAUUCUUGAAGUUAUAACUGAGCAACUGUACAUAGUACAGGCACACACAUACAAAUGAUGAUGAAUGAAACAAAGAGAUGAAUGGUGUAGUGUUUUUUUUUCUUUUUUUAUGAAGAAAUUUCUAAAGGUUGUAUUUCCCAGAAUCUGAAACAACCAGUAAUAUGAGUAACUACAUGUUUCUUGAGAGUAAUGCAAUUGGAUAUGUUAUCAUUAAAAAUGCUGGGCCAUGUUCUUAAAG